AGGAAGGGAGGAAGGAAGGGAGGAAGGAAGGGAGGAAGGAAGGUGAAAAAAAAUCGAUAGAAGAUGAAGAAUUUGCGAACAAUGUUACCGAGACGUGAAAGGACCUGUCAAAGGAAUGGAUUCUCCUUAUGGUUGUUGUUCGUACCAUCGAUCCUUCUUCUUCUUACGAGUCGAGUCAUCGAAGAAUGUAAUGCGACGGGACAACGUUAUAACACGCCAAGUUCUACGCAGGAAUUGGAUAAUACUUUGCAAAAUGUACCACCAAUUGGACCUAACGUGUGCAGAUCGAGAUUAAAGAAUUAUUGUUGUCCAGGAUGGACGAAAAAACCGGAAACGGGACUCUGCGUUAUUCCUAUUUGCACGAGGAGAUGUGGUACAGGAAGAUGCAUAAAACCAAAUAUUUGUCUUUGCGAGGGUGGUACAGUUGCAUCAAAUUGCGGUUCGAUUUCAACCAAAAUAAUGACUCAUGAAAGUAGCAGUUCAAUCGAUCGAGGAGAGUCAGGUAGAUGCAGGGUUCAUUGUAUCAACGGUAAUUGCGUUGAUGGCAGAUGUCAAUGUCGAAAUGGAUAUCAAGGAGAAUUUUGUAAUGAACCCAUAUGUCGAGAACCUUGUUUGAAUCAGGGUAGAUGUAUCGGUCCGGAUCGUUGCGCAUGCAUUUACGGAUAUACCGGAAGACGUUGUGAAACGGAUUACAGAACUGGCCCUUGUUAUAUGAAAAUUAAAAAUGGUCAAUGCUUGGCGAAUCUACAGGGUGUUGUUUGUACGAGACAGUUGUGUUGCGCAACAGUUGGUAAAGGUUGGGGCCAUCCUUGCGAAAUGUGUCCCAUGAGACUCGAUUGCGAAUUGGGAUAUUUGAAGACCGCUCAAGGUCAAUGCGUAGAUAUCGACGAAUGCGAUGCGAUCCCGGGUUUAUGCGAAGGAGGAAAAUGCGUAAAUACUCAAGGAUCGUUCACUUGCGAAUGUCCCGAAGGACAAGCUCGAGAUCCUGAAACGAAUGAGUGUAAGGAUCGGGACGAGUGUCAGCAGGAAGGAAUAUGUCCUGAUGGUCGAUGUGUGAACACCAAUGGUGGCUAUUAUUGUUUUUGUAAUCCUGGAUUUAUACAGAGUCAAGAUCGUAAAUCUUGCAUUGACGGAAGACAAGGGCUUUGCUAUACCGCGGUUAAUAGGAAUCGUCAAUGUAAAAAUAGAUUAACUAUGAGACUAAGUAAACACGAUUGUUGUUGUGGCAAAAAUAUGGGUCGUGGUUGGGGAGAUGAAUGCUACAUUUGUCCUAAUCCUGGAAGUGACGAUUACAACAAACUUUGCGCCAAAUUGCAAGAAAUCACACAAAUUAACGAGUGUGCCUUGAGACCAGGUAUAUGUGGCAAUGGCAAAUGCGUUGAUACUGUAAAGGGUUACGAAUGCGAAUGUUAUCCUGGCUAUACGAAAAAGGCUGGCCGUUGUGAAGACAUUGACGAGUGUCGAUUAGGUUAUUGUCAAGGUGGUAAUUGUCGAAAUAACGAGGGAAGUUUUACUUGCCAAUGUCCAGUUGGAUUCACUGUUUCAGGAGAAGGAAGAUACUGCACUGAUCACGAUGAAUGUCAAGAUACUGGAAUGUGUAAUAACGGUCAUUGUAUCAAUAUGAAUGGUUCGUUCAAAUGUAAAUGCAACGAUGGAUACACCUUAUCGCCAACACAAAAUACCUGUAUAGAUAUCAACGAGUGCAGUGAAAACCCACGGAUAUGUUUAAACGGACGUUGCGAGAAUACUCCAGGAUCUUAUCAUUGCCUUUGUCAAUCAGGAUUUACACCUUCGAGAGAUAAUACUUUCUGCGUGGAUAUGGACGAGUGUUCCACGAGUGGAAUGUGUGAGAAUGGAAAGUGCGUCAACAUGGAGGGUUCCUUCAAAUGUGUUUGCGAUUCUGGCUUUCGAAUUGCACCCGAUCAAAGUCAUUGCUUAGACAUCAACGAAUGCUUGAGUGCACCCUGUCAAAGUGGCAGAUGCAUAAAUACCGCUGGAAGUUUUCGUUGCGAAUGUAAUGCAGGAUUUAAUUUGGGACCCGAUGGUAGAUCUUGUUUAGAUACAAGAAGAGACCUUUGUUACUCGCAAUACAGAGACGGCCAAUGUUCUAAUCCAACCUCAACAGCAGUGACAAAAUCAAGUUGCUGUUGCUGCACCGUAAUACUUGGACAACCUAUGGGUUGGGGUAGCACUUGUCAACCUUGUCCUUUGCCUGGUACUACAGAGUUCGAUGCCCUUUGUCCUCAUGGUGCUGGAAUGACGUAUAACGGAGAUGACAUAAACGAAUGUGCCCAAAAUCCAAACAUUUGUAUAAAUGGCGGCUGUGAAAAUCUGAUGGGUACUUAUCGUUGUAUUUGCAAUAAUGGUUACGAGGUUGAUGCAACGGGAAAGAUUUGUAGCGAUAUAAAUGAAUGCGAAUUGGAGGAAUCCUUAUGUAGUGGUGGACAAUGUCGAAAUAUACCUGGUAGUUAUCAGUGUAUUUGUCCAACUGGCACGAGACUGAACACGGAAAAUCAAAUGUGCGAGGAUAUCGACGAGUGCGAAGAAUUAGGUCCAGAUGUUUGUUUCAAUGGAAUUUGUGUGAACGUUCCUGAAUCCUACGAAUGCGAAUGUUCUCCAGGGUAUAUUCUUGACAAUACUGGACAUAUUUGCAUGGAUAAUAGAAAAGGAUCAUGUUGGACAAAAAUGGUGGAUGGCCGAUGUGAGAACAAUUUACCUAGACUUGCUCUAAGAUCAGAGUGUUGUUGUUCAGUUGGUGUUGCUUGGGGAAGUCCCUGUGAAGUUUGCGACCAGUCGUUUUGCGAAUGUUCCAAAGGAUACGCUAAAGUUGAUGGUAAAGCAUGCGUGGAUGUUAACGAGUGCGAAUUAAAUGUUGGAAUCUGUAGAGGAGGUGGUACAUGUGUUAACACUGAUGGAUCUUAUCGCUGCGAGUGUCCUCCUGGUUUGACUCUUGAUCCGACUCAUACAACUUGUAUCGACACCAGAGAAGAAACUUGUUACUUGGAAUAUCGUCAUGGUCAGUGUUCAACCCCAAUAGAAGGACACUUCUCCAAGAUUCUUUGUUGUUGUUCGGUUGGUCGUGCUUGGGGUAACGAAAAAUGUGAAGCUUGUCCAAAAGUAGGAACUCAUGCUCAUUCAGAAUUAUGUCCAAGAGGACUUGGUUUUACCGAACGUCAAGAUAUCAACGAGUGUGUCGAAUUUCCUGGCAUGUGUGUCAACGGUAGAUGCAAGAAUACCGUCGGUAGUUACAGUUGCAGGUGUAAUCAAGGAUUCGCUUUGGAUGAACAUGGCAUCAAAUGUAACGAUAUCGACGAGUGUGGAAUUAUGCAUGGUGUAUGUGGUAAUGGUACGUGUCGAAAUACACCUGGUAAUUUUCAAUGCGAUUGCAAUCCUGGCUAUCGUAGUAGCGACAUCAUGAAAAUUUGUAUGGACAUUAACGAAUGCGAGGAGACUCAAGGUUUAUGCAGAGGUGGUACUUGUGUGAAUACCGAAGGUGGAUUCAAAUGUCAGUGUCCACCAGGACACGAAUUGAGUUCUGACAAAGAUUCCUGCAAGGAUAUCGACGAAUGUUCUAGGACAAGUGGUAUAUGUUCCAAUGGGAUUUGCGAAAAUAUGAUGGGCACAUAUCAAUGUAUUUGCGAUGACGGUUAUCAACAAACUGGACACAAAUCUCAUUGCGAGGAUAUAGACGAAUGUUUGGUGAACAAUGGUGGCUGCGAUGAUAUUUGUAUAAACACACCUGGUAGUUUUUCCUGUUCGUGCGGUACGGGCUACGCGCUUAACUUGGACAGUCGUUCUUGUUCCGACGUGGACGAGUGUAAAGAAAAUCCUCGAAUCUGUAACGGUGGGAAGUGUUCCAAUAUACCUGGUGGAUACAUUUGUACGUGUACGGAAGGAUUGUUACCUGGAAGGGAUGGUGCAUCUUGCAUCGACGUCGACGAGUGCGUAACGCACCCAGAAAUUUGUGGUUUUGGAGAGUGUCAUAAUACGAUAGGAUCUUUCGAGUGUCGUUGCGAGGAAGGUUACUCUGUUAAACCGGAUGCAGGAUCAGCUUGUACAGACGACGACGAGUGUUUACUGAACGCUUACUCCUGCAGCGAGUUUGCCGAAUGUCACAAUACUCAAGGCUCUUACGAAUGUACUUGUCACGAAGGUUUCACUGGAAAUGGUAUUGAGUGUAGGGAUAUUAAUGAAUGUCAAACCAAUAAUGGUGGGUGUGAUUCUAACGCUCAGUGUAUCAACAGCGAUGGCUCCUUUAAGUGCGUCUGCGAUGCUGGUUUCAGGGGCGACGGUUAUACUUGCAAAGACAUUGAUGAAUGUGCAAACGACAAUACUCUUUGUCAGAAUGGUCACUGUUUGAAUUUCCCUGGUUCGUUCCGUUGUGAAUGCGAAAUGGGUUUUAUGCAUCCAGACGAGAAAAAUGAGCAAGCAUGCGUGGACAUAAACGAAUGCGACAUGUUCAACAAUCUUUGCGUUUAUGGUCGUUGCGAGAACAGUUUUGGUAUGUUUCGAUGCAUGUGUAACGAGGGUUACAAGCUGGAUGGUUCUGGUGGUAAUUGCACGGACAUCGACGAAUGCGAGAGUCCGCAGUCAUGCCAAUAUGGUACUUGCAUAAAUACUCAAGGAAAAUAUAUCUGUAAGUGUCCACCCCAUUACGAAUUGGUUGAAGAUGGAAAGGCAUGUGUAGAUAGGCGCGAGUCACUCUGUUUCUCCAGUUUCGAGCAUGGUACUGGCAGACCUCAAUGUGUUUUCGACAUGUCAACGUCGGUAACGAAAGCAACGUGUUGUUGUAGCGUCGGUGUUGCUUGGGGUAAUCGUUGUGAGGAAUGCCCCAAACCAGGCACCAAAGAAUUCGAGGAACUCUGUCCUGGUGGUUUGGGCUAUAGGCCAAACCGUGUCACGGUCAUAUUGGAAGACAUUAACGAGUGCGAGGAACAUGAGAAUAUAUGUCAGAAUGGUCAUUGCACCAAUACCUUUGGCAGUUUUAUGUGCUCCUGCUACGAGGGUUUCGUUUUGGACGACACGAAAACAAGCUGCGUCGAUAUUAACGAGUGCGAGUUACAUCCGUACAUAUGUAGCGUGGGUCGUUGCAUCAACGACGAGGGUAAAUAUCACUGCGAGUGUCCCGAAGGUUACAUGGCCAUGCCAGGAGGAAAGGAAUGCGUCGAUAUGAGGAAAGAAUUCUGUUAUCUUUCAUACGAAUCUGGACAAUGCAUCACACCUAUGGCUCAACCUCAGACCAAAAUGUUAUGUUGUUGUUCGAUGGGAGCAGCCUGGGGUAGUCCUUGUGAAAAAUGUCCAUCCGAAAGGACUCGUGAACAUGAAAUUUUAUGCGGAAUGGUACCAGGACAAUAUAUGAACCCAAUUACCAAUCAUACCGAAGAAAUCGACGAAUGCGCACUUAUGCCAACAAUGUGCACUCAUGGUCGUUGUUUAAACACACCCGGUAGUUUUGAGUGUCAAUGCGAACAAGGAUUUGUUUAUGAUCAGGAUUCUCAUCAGUGUAUCGAUGAAAACGAAUGUUUGCAAAUACCAAAUCCUUGUAGCGGUAAUGCACAGUGCAUCAAUCAACAAGGAUAUUUCGAGUGUGUUUGUCCUGCUGGAUACAAAUUAGGUAUCACCCAACGGAAUUGUGUCGACAUCGAUGAAUGUUACGAAAGAUCGGGUAUAUGCAAUAACGGAGUUUGCAACAAUCUACAGGGUAGUUUCCAAUGUGUUUGUCAUUCUGGUUUUGUUUUAACUCACGAUCGAGAAAAUUGCGUGGACAUCGAUGAAUGUCAACGAAAUCCAAAUAUUUGUAAUAAUGGCACUUGCAUCAAUAGUCUUGGUUCUUACAAAUGUCAAUGUUACGAUGGUUUCAAAUUGAGCCCUAAUAACGAUUGUGCUGACAUUGAUGAAUGUAGGAUAAUGCCAUUCCUGUGUCGCAACGGUAGAUGUCGUAAUACUGUUGGUGCGUUUAUUUGUGAAUGUGCCGAUGGUUACACAUUGGCUCAAGAUAGACAACAUUGUCGAGACAUUGACGAAUGCCACGAGAUACCUGGCUUGUGUCCGUUCCCAGGAAAAUGUCAAAAUUUAAUGGGAUCUUAUAUGUGUAAUUGUCCACCUGGUUACGAAUUGAACAAUGAAAGAAGAAGAUGCGUUGAUAUCGACGAGUGUUUAGAGACAAUCGGUAUUUGUGAAAAUGGUCAAUGCAUUAAUACGGAUGGUGGUGUUAUCUGUGAAUGUCCAGUUGGUUAUCAAUUGAGCGACAAACCUAAUUCGAUGAGAUGCAUUGAUGUUAGAGAGGAACAAUGUUAUGAUAGCUAUAGACGUGGCCAAUGUUCUUUUCCUAGGAAAGGUGGAAUGACGAAGAAACAUUGUUGUUGUACCAUGGGUAAAGCUUGGGGCAAAUAUUGCGAACAAUGUCCAUCAGAGAACAGUGAGGAUUUCAGAAGAUUAUGUCCAGAAGGAUCAGGUCGUGACGAUACGGGUAUAGAUUUGAACGAAUGUCUUUUCAUGCCUGAUGCUUGUUCCGGUGGCGAUUGUAUAAAUACUGAUGGUUCAUUCCGAUGCGAGUGUCCAUCUGGUUACGUUUUGGAUGAAACUGGAAGACGUUGCAUCGACAACAACGAAUGUUUAACCGUACAGAAUAUUUGUGGCAACGGUACCUGCAACAACAUAGAUGGUGGUUUCGAAUGUUCCUGUAACGAUGGUUUUACACCUGGUGUUAAUCAAGUUUGCGAGGAUAUCAAUGAGUGCCUUGAAUUAGGCAACCAAUGUGCUUUUAGAUGUCACAAUGCACCUGGAUCGUUCAGAUGUAUAUGUCCAUAUGGAUAUACUUUGGCUCCUGAUGGAAGACAUUGUAUUGAUGUCGACGAGUGUGCAACACCAGCAAACAAUUGCAAAUAUCAAUGCAAAAAUUUAAUUGGAACGUUCAUGUGCAUUUGUCCACCUGGAUAUCAACAAAUUGGCAUGGCUGACGAAUGUAAGGACAUUAAUGAGUGUUCCAUUAAUUCUGGUUUAUGCAGACAUGGACAUUGCGUCAAUUUAGAAGGAAGUUAUCAAUGUUAUUGUUCCGAAGGUUUUGUACAAAGCGCUGACGGCAAAUCUUGCAUUGACCGUAGAGUUGGUUAUUGUUUCUUGCAAACGAUUGGUGGUAGAUGUACAGCAAGAACCUCAGAAUUACGUACAGUGACUAAAGCUGAUUGUUGUUGCACUAUGGGUGCUGCAUGGGGUCAAUAUUGUGAAAUAUGUCCUUCCAGAGACUCGGACGAUUACAACGAAUUAUGCUUGGACAAGGGCUUCUCUAUAAAUGGUCAAGAUAUUGACGAAUGUAAAACGAUACCGGAUUUGUGUAGAAACGGAAUGUGCAUUAACACUUUGGGUUCCUACAGAUGCAUUUGCAACAAGGGAUACAAAUCUGAUAAAUCAGGAGCACAUUGUAUUGAUGUGAACGAGUGCGAAUUAACACCCAAACCAUGCAAAUACACUUGCCAAAAUACUGAAGGAAGUUUCAUAUGUUCCUGUCCGACCGGUUUUAUAUUAAAUCCUGACGGUAUCAGUUGUCGUGACAUGGAUGAAUGUGCUACAGGAAAUCAUCUUUGUCAACAAAAUUGUGUCAAUACUCAAGGAAGUUAUACUUGUGGUUGUCGCGAAGGAUACACUCAAGAUGGGGAUGCUUGUCAUGAUAUUAACGAGUGUGAACAACCUGGGACUUGUCCGAAACCGGGUACGUGCGUCAAUACUCUUGGCAGUUUCCGAUGUAUCUGUCCCAGAGGAUUUAAGCUUGAUCAGUCUGGAAGAUUUUGUACCGAUCAUAACGAAUGUGCCGAUGAUAGUAAUUGCGAACAUGGUUGUCAAAACUUCAUGGGAAGCUAUCGUUGUGGUUGUCCUGAAGGAUUUGUUCAACAUCUUUACUAUAGUCAAUGCAUUGAUGAAAACGAAUGCAACAAUUCUCCUUGCGGUGAAAAUACUUGCAUUAACACUAUAGGAAGUUACAAGUGUGGUUGUCCUGACGGUUAUCAAUUUGAUAAUAAUUUACAGAUUUGCGUUCAGGUUAGCGCUGGUUGUCUGGGAUCUCCUUGUGCUUUUGGAUGCACACCUAACGGUGCUAAUGGUUUCAUUUGUGGUUGUCCAACUGGUUAUCAACGAAUUGGACAAGGCCAUUGUUUGUCUACGAUUAAUCCUUUAUCUCAACCGAAUUAUGGUGAGGAAAUUGGUAAUGUUCCAACUUAUGUAAUUAAUCCUGAUACUUAUCACAUUCCAUCAACCGAUGAUAAGACUAUUUCUACCGAAGGAUGUUUCUCUUGCAAGAUUAACGGUAAAGGAAGACGUAGAAGAGGUGUAAGAUUGAGAUCGGUUGAUGAAGAAUUGCAACAAAAACGAAACGAAUUAAUCAAACGUCGUGUUACUCGAAAAGCAAGAAGACAUCAUCAUGGUGAAGAGCACGUUUUGAAAAUCAGUAUACGUCAGACUAAACAUAAAAUGAGGAUCAUCAAAUUGCAACCUGCGAUAAAGGACGAAGAGAUGGAAUAUACGAUAGUUCAUGGUAACAAACACGAAAAUUUUGAAAUUGCUAAAGAUUAUGGGAUUUGGGCACUUCAUUUCCGUAGUCGUUUGAAGAAACCAGGUGAAUUUCAUAUAGUCAUACAUGGUCGUCCAAGAAAUGGUAUAACCGAGGAAAAUGAAGUUUGGGAGAAACCAUUGACAUUUAGAAUUCAUCUUAUAGUCACGGAAUGAAUUAGAUCAAAUUAUUUACUGUCCGUUUGAAUGUACUAAUAGGGGAACAUUAACGUCCUAAUAUCUCAAUGAAACAGUAUACUUUAAAAUUUAAUACGAAGAUAUAGGGGACGUUGAUUGGAUUUUUUUUUAUUUUAUGAAAGUUUUCUUUUAGGAUUUAAGAAACAAACAAUUAUUUUAUUAUCUAAUUUUAUUCGGUGGGCACCGAUGGAGGACACAUAAGUUGUAUCCAAAACAAAUUUGGAUCAUCAUUUUAAAUGAUACAAUUAUUAUUAAUUAAUUAACACUGCCAAUGAUUUAAUUAAUCAUAUUCUCAAUGUGUUCAAAAACAAAACAAAACAAAACAAAAAGAAAUAAAAAAAGAAUUAAAAGAAAAAUUUGGGAUUUAGGAACUUGAAAGUUUUCUAUGAUAUAGUUAUUACCAAAGUUAAUACACACAUACACAAACAUACAUCGUCACUGCCAACCGAAAUCUCUUUAUCUAUACGAAUCUUUAUCGAUAUAAUAAUAAUAAUUAUUAUUAUUAUUACUGCCCGUUAUAAUGCAAAAAAAAAAAAGAAAAAAAAUGUUCUAACGAUAGUGAUAACAAUCGAUUAGAGUUGUACAAACAUAUUGAAAUCUUAUUCUAAUUGUAAGUAAAACAAUAAUUGUACACAGAAAACAAAUUUUAGCUUUAUAAAUAUAGAUAUAUAUAAAUAUAUUAAUAUAAUUUAUGAAAUUGUAGCAUUAACAUAAUUUGUAGGAUGUAAUUUAGGAUGAUACGUAAAAGAGAAAAAUGAAAGAGACAAUAUUUUCUAACGUCGAGUCUCUCGAAUGAGUCAAUUUCUUAUUUAACUUACUAUGUGCCUUUUAACAUGAUUUAACAAACAAACAAAAAAUUAAAAAUUAUAUGCAUAUAAUUAUAUAUAUAUAUAUAUAAAGAAAAAAAAAAAAAAGAAGAAAUAAGAUAAAUCAUGUAUAAUUACAGUGCCUAACAUAUAUUACCGAAUAAUAUUAUAAAUAGAAUUUAAGUGAAUAAUUUCGUAAAAGUGCAGAGCACUAUAGUUAACACAUUAACCAUGUGAAUAAUAUAAAAAAAAAAUACAAAUUUCAUUUUAUACAGCCAAUCAAUGUUUAUUUCGACACGAAUUUUGAUGACAGUAAGAAACGACAAAAAAUAAAGAAAUAACCUGUAAAUUAA